GGUUGAUUGAACGACUGAUUGGCUCCCCAUAUCCAGGUUCCCAGGUACCCAGCUAAGUCAUCAGCAAGCGCCCACGGAGGCUGAUUAUGCGCACGUACCUAAGUACUCCCACGCCGACCUCGUCCCAAACGUCUCAGCCUAACCCCUAGGAUCGCGGACGUGUCAAACCCAUCAACCUGAAUGAUCAGGCCAAAAAUGAUGGCACUCCAACAUGGACGCACCGAAACGCAAUACCGUGAAGCGCAUCAAGAAAGAGUUGGUCCCUCUGGAAUCCAAGGCCAAGCUGGAACAUCUCCUGCAAGUCCGAAAUGAUGUGAGCAGGUCAGAGCUCGACACCGCUACAGCCAUCUCACAAACUGCCUCCAACACUGAGCAAAAGAUCCUUGAGAUUCUGCGCCGGAGCUUGCAGCCCUUCUCGGAUCGACUGGAUCCCUUUGCAGCCCUUCCCAUAAGCCUAGAUCGAUUUCAGGAACAUCUAGUGUCAUUCUACCUGCUAUACUACCCCAAGGUGACUUAUGGCUUCAGUCCCCGCCUACGGCCACACCCUGUGGCCAGCAACUUUUCGAUUGCAUUAACCACGCCUGCCUGCUUUCAAGUGGCCUUGGCGCGGUCUGCACUGUAUCGUCUCUCUCUUAGCAAGUACGCCUCCGAUACCGAGAAGGGCGAACUGGAAAUGGCAAUGAUGCGUCAUAAAGGCGAGGCCAUCAAAUUGGUGCGCGAUUUGAGCAUUCGCUCCGACCCGAAACAAAAGGAUGAUCUCCUUGCUUCCAUGAUCAGCCUCGGCACUCUCGAUCGACGUACUGGGGCCAAAGACACGUCAGGCUUGCAUUUUGCAGCGGUUAGACGCACCUUGAAGGUGACGGGAGGACCCCUGGCGGUGAACUCGGUCCUCCUCUCACGUGUCAUGUGUUUUUUUGAGUGCAUCUAUGGAACCUCGCCAGAAAGUUAUAUCUGGGAUGAGAGUGAUCUGACGCGGCUCUGGAAUGGUCUGAAUGAAUUCCUCAGCAAGGUAUGGGGUCUUUGGCAGUCGCUCUCCACCAUCAGAGCGUUGACCGCGAGACCGCUGGUAGCCCACGUAUCAGCUCCAAUCCACUCAUUCAAUUUGCAACCUGGAUCGAUCCUGUUAUCCCUGGUGUCGAGACCACUGUCUGCUGAAGGAGAGAUUCCGCAGCAGCGCCGGCUAGAACUAGUUUUUCAAAUCACCACGCUCCUCACGCUCGCCAUGAUCACCUUGGAUUUUGCCGAUGACUUUCGCACAUUGCAGCAGUAUAUGGACGACCUUCACACGAUGAUGAAGGAUCUCAACCUCCAAGGACAGUCUUGCAACAACGCCAUGUGGCAGAUUCAGGUCAACGACCACACUGACUCGCACAGUCGACGCAUCUGGCGAGCUGCCAGUUACGCCUGGGUGAUGAAGCACGUAUCUUUCACGGUGCAAUUGAGUCUGAAGGAGUGGUUAUUGAAGUUUAUCACUGGCAAAGCGGUGGACAAGGAGUAUCGGCUGGACAGUUAUCAUUUCAGUUAUGCAUCGUGAAUGCAACGAAUUUGAAGGCAUUUCGGUUGGGUUGUUUAUGGUUGCGUGAUUCGUGACCAGGUUGGCCAAGACCCUCUACAUGGGCAGCGAUCUACCUUGACGUAUGUAUACGGAGUAGGUAAAUUCAGGGAGCUCGUGGAAUGACCAGAAGCACAAAUACAUAUCAUAGUCAUUGAAUUAUUGUG